CUUCCAGGAGCAAGAAUCUGUGUCGGGUCUUGGUUGCAUCUUAUUUUGUUCUGUGUUUUUUCAUAUUUGAAGUCAGAUUUAAUGCUGCAGCAUCACUGACUUUCAGGUGCAGGCAGUAGAGACUGCAAUCGGUGCUCUCUCCUCGAUAACAAGUCUUUUCCCCACAUUGUAAAUAGAGCAAGUCCAGGCAUUAGAAAGCUGAGCUGAAUAGGACUCGACCGGAUCACUUUUUUUCAGGAUUAACUGUGAAUCCGUGCUGUUCGUAUGCUGUUUUGGGUUACCAGAUUGGCUUCUUGAGACACUUGAAAAGGACGAGAAGAGGCUUGUGCUGUUGACGAUCACCAUUCCUGGGGAAAAGAACUACUCAGAGGGAUUUGACUGCCCUGGACCAAAUAUGCUUACAUUAGAAAACUAAAGUGGGCGUGCUUAACACCUAUCAAAACAUCAUCUGCAACAGUUAAAUGACUUUGGUUCACCAUCAGCAUCAACAAUGAAAGGGUUAUCAAGUAGCAGAAGCCACCAUCAUAUGGUCACAUGUGACCCUUCCUAUGACUCUCUGAUACAUCAUCCAGACCGGAAGCCAUAUUUGUUAACCCAAGUGGAUGCACACCCAGCCGACCACCCCUACUAUGCCCAAAGGAACUCUUUUCAAACAGAAUCCAUGAUGCCCUACAAUGACCAGCUAGCUAGCAGCACCUUCCCCAGGAGGCACUACAGCUCCAAUCAUGAACUCAAGAACGAGUGUGCCAUGGUACCCCAUGGAGUACCCAACAAGGUUAACCGCAUUCCUGCCAACCUUUUGGAGCAGAUUGAACGGCAGAUUCCCAUUAACCGUGAUGGCUACCACACUCUCCAGUACAAGAGGACUGCGGUGGAGCAUCGUAGUGAUAGCCCGGGGAGGAUACGGCACUUGGUUCAUUCUGUUCAAAAGCUCUUCACAAAGUCUCACUCCCUCGAGGGGCCUUCCAAAGGGAGCAUAAACGGCAACAAGGCAAGCCCAGAAGAGCCCCCCACUACUAAACAUGGGAAGCGCAGUAAGAGCAAGGACAGGAGUAAGAUAGAGGUGAAGCCCAGGUCAAAUAUCUCCAGCUGGUGGAGUUCUGAUGACAAUUUGGACAGCAAUGUAUGUCUUUAUCAUGGUCCUGCUGGCCUCAUGACCAUGGGUAGAUGUCCAGACCGGUCUACCUCCCAGUACUUUAUGGAAGCCUACAACAAUAUCAGUGAACACACCCUUAAAACGUCCAGGAGCAAUAAUGAUGUAAAAUGUACUACCUGCGCAAGUAUCCCCAUUAACAUCGAUGCACAACUCAUGAAGAAAAGCUCAUGGUCAUCAACUCUUACGGUGAGCAGAGCACGUGAAGUCUACCAGAAGGCCUCUGUAAAUGUAGAUAAAACUGUAAUGAAAUCUGAGACUUGUCAGCAGGAGCGGUCAUGCCAGUACUUGCAGGUUCCUCAAGAUGAAUGGACCGGCUUUACUUCCCUCAGCAAAGAUGAUGAAAUUCCAUUUCGCCGGAUGCGCAGCGGCAGUUACAUAAAAGCCAUGGCAGAUGAUGACAGUGGGGACUCUGACACCAGCCCAAAGCCCUCUCCCAAGAUUCAAGCACGGAGGGCAAGCUAUCUGAAGGCCACCCAGCCAUCCUUGACAGAAAUGACUACUCUCCAGAUAUCAACUGCGCAUUCUCCAAAACUCCAGAUCCGGAGUCACAGCUACCUGAGGGCGGUGAGUGAAGUUUCAAUCAAUAGGAGUUUGGACAGACUGGACCCAGCAGGGCUGCUCACCUCUCCCAAAUUCCGAUCAAGAAAUGAGAGCUACAUGAGAGCCAUGAGCACCAUCAGUCAGGUGAGUGAGGUGGAGGUGAACGGCCAGUUCGAGUCAGUCUGCGAAUCCGUGUUCAGUGAGAUGGAGUCUCAGGCGGUGGAUGCUUUGGAUCUUCCAAUGCCGGGCUGCUUUCGCAUGCGAAGCCACAGCUACGUGAGGGCCAUUGAGAAGGGCUGCUCUCAGGAUGACGAGUGUGUGUCACUCCGGACCGCCUCCCCACCGCGCACAACCACCACAGUGAGGACCAUUCAGAGCAGCACUGUGUCAUCAUGUAUUACCACGUACAAGAAGACGCCUCCCCCAGUCCCCCCGAGGACGACGACCAAGCCCUUCAUCUCGAUCACGGCCCAGAGCAGCACCGAGUCGGCCCAGGAUGCCUACAUGGAUGGGCAGGGGCAGCGAGGGGACAUCAGCCAGUCUGGCCUCAGUAACUCCACAGAGAGCAUAGAUAGUAUGAAAGCCUUGACUGCUGCCAUCGAGGCUGCCAACGCCCAGAUCCACGGCCCUGCCAGCCAGCACAUGAGCAUCAGCACCGUUACAGUCACGUCCACCUCCGCCACUGCCAGCGAGAAAACUGCACACCCCUCAGAGGAGAGCAAGAAAGAAGUGCUGAGGAAAAGCCAGUGCUUAUCCAUCGGAAUACAGGUUGAUGGACCUGACGAUUCACCUGAUGUGGAAGAAAACUCAGAUUUUUCAAAUAAGUUUCAGUCGGUGGGGAUCCAAGUUGAGGAGGAGAGGUGCUCUCGCAGGUUCACUCGAUCUAAUAGCGUGACAACAGCGGUCCAGGCAGAUCUUGGAGAGAUCUUGGAUAGCCUGGUGGAAUCUCUGGAGACAGAACCCCCCUCCUCUGGCUCAGUGUCCAGGCAGUUUUCCCGGGAUGCCAGCACCUCCACCGUCAGCAUCCAGGGUUCAGGGAACCACUACCACGCCUGCGCUGUGGAAAACGACUUAGACACUGGUUUCGACCCCUCCAUCCUGCCGCCCCCGGACCCCUGGAUCGACACCGUCACCGAGGACCCUAUGGAGGUGGUCCAGAAGUCUGUGUGCCACAGGGACGGUGGCUGGUUUCUGAAGCUGCUACAGGCAGAGACAGAUCGAAUGGAAGGCUGGUGCCAGCAAAUGGAGAAAGAUGAGCGUGAGAAUGACCUGCCUGAUGAAAUUUUAGGAAAGAUCCGGAGUGCAGUGGGCAGUGCCCAGCUGUUAAUCUCCCAGAAAUUCCAGCAGUUCAGGGAGCUGUGUGAAGAGAACUUGAACCCCAAUGCACAUCCUCGGCCUACAUCUCAGGAUUUAGCAGGCUUCUGGGACAUGCUGCAGCUGUCAAUAGAAAACAUUAGUUUGAAAUUCGAUGAACUUCACCAGCUCAAAGCAAACAACUGGAAGCCAUUAGAGGUUCCUGAAAAGAAGGAGAGAAGGAUGCCUCCUCCUGUGCCAAAAAAACCCCUGAAAUGUUACCCUCCCCUGGCAAGGGACAGGUCCCUGGAAAGCACUGAGAAGCAGCGGCAGGAGGCAAGGAAAAGAUUGAUGGCUGCCAAGAGAGCCGCAUCCGUGCGACAGAAUUCAGCCACCGAGAGUGCAGACAGCAUUGAGAUCUACAUCCCUGAGGCCCAGACCCGUCUGUGAACCCCACACUCAUACACGCACACACACACACACACACACACACACACACACACAAAGAGACAAGAACUGGGUGCUUGUAAUAUACUCACUAUUCCAGGUCCUUCUACAAAAAAUAAUUAAGUUUAGUAUUCCUUUUACCUUUUACCAUUCUUUCUCUGAUCAUUCGCACAAGGAUCAGGUUUAUUUCCACCUAUGUGAUGUAGUUGUUGACUUCUCCCCUCCCCAGAAGGUGUUGCGUGACUCUGCUUCUUAAAGAGUAAGUAGUGUUACACAUCCCGCGUGUUGCUACAACUGUUUUAAAUAACGUACCUGUCAUUUUUCAUUUAAUUGUUAAUAUUUUGACAACUUUUUACACUUAUACACUGUUUCAAAGCUCUUUUCAAAAUGUUCGCUCUAGUGCACAGGGGUUUGAGAUCUGUCCUCUAAAUCACUGCAGGAAAAGCGAUAUAAAAAAAAAAGAAAACAUAACAGUGCUCUGGCUUUUCUGUUCCAUACUACAUCAUGGAUCGUUAUUGCUGUGUUACCUGUUUGACAAUGUGGGCAAUAAUCCUUACACUACCAGUGGACUAGAGCGUACAUUUUGAAAACAGAGCUUUGAAACAGUUAUAUUGUCGGAAUGUUAACAAUGAAAAGAAAAAUUACAAGUAUGUUAUUUAAACAGUUGUAGAAACACAUGGGGGUGUGAAACACUAUUUUAUUCAGAACCCUACGACCUACACUUUAAGGUUUGCCAAUUUAAACGUUAUAGUGUAGCCACAUAACUAUUUUACCAUAGCUGCCAUGCGUAAUGUAAAGCAUUGUUCUUUAUUCAUUUAUUUAUUUUUUGCUCUUUCUGUAAAAAACAAAACAGGACAACAAAUUACCCUUGUACAUAAACCUAUCUCAUAAACACCAUGACCUUAGACUUCCUAAAACCUAGCAAGCUAAGUGGUUCCUUUGCAUACAACAAUAGGAAACAACCGGGUAACUUGCCGUCAGGUAAGGCUGCAAGGUCUUGCGAGCCUCUGCAGUCAAGCUUAUGAAAGCUGGUUGUAAGAAGAACUUACUCAUUCCUCAGAGCAAAUGGGAGUACCUGAAUCAGCAAGAGUUUGAAAUGCAAAAGUUGCAAUCACAACCUCAGACACAGAAUGGGGAAAAGAGCAAAAGAAGGAGCCUUUUAAACAUCAUAGGGAGUAUGAAAGCUGCAAGAUCCUUGUACAUUAAUCCUUGUACCUUGUACAGGCACGGGCUGUCUCAAAGCAUAUCGAACUUGUAUGGUUCUUGUUUAGUUUUUUUGUCACAAAGAUUGCCAUCCUAGUGGAAGGAGGAUAUUGUGCUUACAUUGCAUUUAAUCACCUGAAAUAAAUACAAAAACAAAACACUUCAUAUGGGAUUAAGGGUUCCAUAUAAAUUAUCAAUGAUAUGCAUUAGUAGAAUACUUUCACUUGUCUGUAGUUAUUUCUAUGUUGGCUGAUCACGCAUAAGCGUGUUAUUGUAAAUGCUUAUAACUUAAAUAUAAAGAAGAGGAAGGAUCUCUUUGCACUAACACUGUUGUCAUCUGUGAAAUGUCUAUAAACCUAAUUAUUAUAAAAUGCAUAACUGAAAACCUUACUAACACUUUGUUAAACAGGGAGUAUAGUAAGCGGUUUGUAUCUAGUUUAUUGAUUAUCUAUAUGGGACUCUAAAGAGUUACCAAAAAGGAAGUCUUUCCAGUAGCUAGUGCAGUGGCUCAGCACAUUAGUCAACUCAUUCAUUGACCUUCUACAAGAGAAGGCUGUUGUGAGAAAUUACCCAUCUCUGCCUGGGUGAUACAGGUGGAAAGUGUUGCCUGUUCUUUCCCGCCUAUUGUUGGGCUGCUAAUCAUGAGUAGAUGCAUCUGUGCAGGCUCUCUCAGUAAGUCAAGGAGAAGUAAAUGAAGCAAAGCCAGAAUCUCCCAAAAGAAAGAGUGAAAUACUUGUGUGUAUGUAUUUAGGUGUGUACGUGUGAAUGUGUGAGUGAGUGCAUGUCUUUCAAGUGCUUCCUAAUUUGUAGGUUUCUAUUGACCUACCUUUCUGAUGUAAUGGAUUAGCCUCAUGGGACAUACUGUAUUAUAAGAAAUAAGACCUACAUAUACAAUACAUAUUUAUUUUAAGUUAUUAUGUUCCCUUUCAAGUACGAAAUGUAACCAUUACUGCAUGGGUAUUUACCUCCUAAAGACCCCGAAACCUGAAUAAGAUAUAUCAAAGCUGCUUGGCGAGCCUGUGAUGCAGUCAUGCCCCGCCCCCGAGGGUACAAGAGGACUGCGCUCACUGAUCUCAGUGUCAUUUUUCCUUUCAAGACUGACCUGACCAGAGAGCCUUGUUCAGUAAGUACUUGUUACCUCUAUCUGCUAUAUAAUUGUGUUUUUACACAAAAUGUAUGUGAUAUUAAAAUAAUCGCUGUAAUAAUUUUCACUAAUUACACGUAGUUUGUGCACUACAGCCUGUUCCUUGUUACAUCCCAUUGCGGCCUGGUGCCCCUUAUGAAGCCAGCAGCUUUAGUCGCUCCAUCUCAGGGAUCCAGCAACGUAGGUUCUCCCUCCAGGCUGCAUAGCUCUGGCUGGAGUUAGUAUUUCUCAUUUUUAAUACGGGGCAUUUUAUUCUCGUUUUAGUACAAGACAUUAUUAUACUGUAAUAUUUAUUACUGUUUUGUAGAGAAGUUUUCUCUUGUGUUUUCUGUUUCUUUUACAGAGACUGUGCAAGCUGGUCUGCAAUUUGGUGCUUUGCACACGAACAGUGAGAGCAGCUGCUGGGCUCAGCAGCACUGUACAGGACACAAGAUACACGCUUCGGGUGUUGAUUGCUUGCAAUCCCAUCCACAGUAUCUUGAUGUCGUUUUGGUGACUGCUUUUAGCAUCACCAUUAUGAAAGCUGUUAGUACCAUCAAACAAGCAGGCUUCCCUCAGUCUCGUGUGUGUACUGACCGAAUGGUUUUGCCUUUGUACAGGUGGGCAUCCCUGUACAAUGCUACCUGCGGUGACUGCAAACCGGUGGACACGUACUGUACAGUACCAAGGUCACCGACCCGACCCGGUACUGAACCAGGACCGAGGUUACCAACCCGGUACUGUGCCUGUACCGUCUCAGUACCGUACUGACCUGAUGCUAAAGUCACCGAAUUGACCCGGUACUGAUCCUGUUUCUACCCAGUCAGCAACCAACUGGUGCUCACACCCCCAGUCCAGUACCAAACCAGUCUUGUUCGGGUCUUGACCCGCCUGGUUGCUAUCUAUAAGCAGAUUGAGGCAGCACCUGUACAUCUGUAAACUGUACACUGCAUUGCUUGCUUCUUGCAUCAUGCCUGGGUUUUAUCCCUGCAAGACAUUCAAGGUCAGUCUGGCUAUUGAGGAUGUAUGGCAGAUUCUUUUCCUGUCUGGGGCACGCCAAGGAGGCACUAGUGAACCGCAGUUUCUGUGACUUUUGCGCACAUUUCUCUACGCACACUGGAGAAACAUCUCUCCCGCAGCUCUACAGAGUGCGCUCUUCCCCAUCACUCGCUGUUAGUGAGAUGGCUGCAUCCUCACCCCAUCAGUGGACUGAGAGCAGAUGGAAAAGCUCUGGGCAGCUGUUUCCCACCAAGGAAUGGUUAUAGCAGAAUUACUGCAUAAGCGUUCAUUGCUGCUGGCCCCAACUGUCCUCUUGGGGCCUCAGGGGGCUAUGGGUGCAGAUUGGCCACAGGAGGACAUACUGUCCAUCACCGCCUCUGAUUAGGUGGGCGAACAAGAGCUGGUGUUCCCGUCUGAGGACGUGGAGUGGCUACAGCUCCUGCUGUUUCACGGUCGAUGGACGCCUUAUACAGGGUGCAUGAUGUGGAGAAGUUGGGCCUGGCCCAUUUUCCACCAGUGGAGGCUUAAAUUGCCGCCUUGCUGCAGGCGCCUAAUUUAGCACUCCUGCACCCCUGCCCAACAAGCAGUGCUGGGUCUCGGAGGUGAUCCUCAAGCCUGCCUAUUCAGCCAGUGCGUUCGCCACACAGCUAGGCAAUUACAAUAGUAUUCUGGUAGUCUACCAGUCCUGUUUGCUUAGGUCCCUUUCUGACAGUCUCAGUCACCACAACAGCUGGAUGAGCUGCGCCUGGUUAAGAAGAACCUGUGCCAUGUGUCAAAGCUCAACAUGCAGGCUGUUGGCAGGAACAUAGCACAUAGGCAGCUCUGGCUUUCCCAGGCAGACUGUUGGAUGCUCCUAUUACACCAAGGCAUAAGUUUAGUCUCGCACUCUCACCACGCGUGGAAAUCCACAAAGGAGCUGGCUCAUUUGCUUCUCUCACUUGGUAGAUCUUUUUGCCUCACAGGAAUCAACCCACUGUCCCCUCUGGUUCUUCAUAAUAGGAGGCGGGCUGCUGGCGGGGACCCGCUGCUCAGUCAGUCAUGGGAGACUUUACGGCAUCCUGACCCAUCAAGCCUGCAGCUCUGGGUCUGGCCCCUGAACGCGUUCCCAGUACGGGUACAAGUGGGGCGUCUUUCAUACGUGGUGCCUGCCUCAUGGGUUUGACCCACUACCUGUGCCAUGGCAGUUAUACUGCAGUUUUUGCAGGACCUUUUUUGACGAGGAGAUAUCCCCCUCCACGUUAAAGGUCUAUCUUACAGCUAUUUCAGCUUACCAUGUCAAAAUUGACUCGGUCUCCCCAGGAGCUCACUUCCUGGCAGGGCAAUUUUUGAAAGGGGCUCAGCAGUUUGGCUGCCUAUGAAGGACAUUGUUCCUCACUGGAGGUUAAACGUGGUGCUUAUUGCACUCCAUUUGAGCCUAUGCUUUCAGCUGAGGUGAAAUCUUUAUCACUCAAAGCGGCUUUCUUGCUUGCUAUCACCUCCACAAAGCGGGUGAGUGAGAUGCAGGCAUUCUCCAUAGCAAAAGCCUGCUUAAACUUUACAGAGGCCAGGACAAAGGUUACGCUCCGUACCAAUCCUUCCCUUUCGCCAAAGACGAUCUCUCCAUGGUUGCAGCAGGCUUGAAGGUAACAUGAUGCUGAGAUCUAUGAGUGCAGUACUUUUGUGCCCUUGGGGGUGGGUCAUGACUGUGUCACAGAUUCUGCGAGCAGCUUUGAUAUAUCUUAUUCAGGUUCCGGGGUCAUUAGGAGGUAAAUACCUACACGGUAAUGGUUACAUUUCUAUUUCAGGGAACCAGGGUUAUGAUAAUAACCUAAUAUUCUCUGUAUUUGUGACCAUUGAACAAAAAACAAAACAAAAAAAAAACAACAGUAAAACCCCAUACUACCCACAGCA